AUGUGCCAUAACUUUCUAUCUAUCUAUCUAUCUAUCUAUCUAUCUAUCUAUGUCACAUCUCUCUCUCUUUCUCUCUCUCUCUCUCUCUUUAUCUAUCUAUCUAUCUAUCUGGCAAUUGUUUUAACCUUUCUUCUCUACGCUGCUUUCAUUGCUUUUUCUCUAUUUUCUUUCUUUUACUACUUUUUCUUUAAUUUUACAAUUUUAUACAUUUUCCUUUCGCCUUCCUUCUCCCGCAAAAAAUUCUUUUUUUCUUUCUUUCUUUUUGUUGUUCAGCCUACUUUUUUUACCACUCUAUCCUCGCAGCUUUCCACGACACUUCCUUCCUUCCUUCCUUCCUUCCUUCCUUCCUUCCUUCCUUCCUUCCUUCCUUCCUUCCUUCCUUCCUUCUCAAGCUUCCUUCCUUCUCAACUUUCCUUCCUUCCUUCCUUCUCAACCUUCCUCCUUUUCAAUCUUCCUUCCUCCUUUCUCAACCUUCCUUCCUUCCUUCCUUCCUUCCUUCCUUCCUUCUCAACCUUCUUUCUCAACCUUCCUUCCUUCCUUCCUUCCUUCUCAACCUUCCAUCCUUCCUUCCUUUUCAACCUUCCUUCCUCCCUUCUCAACCUUCCUUCCUUCUCAACCUUCUUUCUCAACCUUCCUUCCUUCCUUCCUUCCUUCCUUCCUUCCUUCCUUCCUUCCUUCCUUCUCAAUCUUCCUUUCUUCUCAACCUUCCUUCCUUCCUUUUCAACCUUCCUUCCUUCCUUCUCAACCUUCUUUCUCAACCUUCCUUCCUUCCUUCCUUCCUUCCUUCCUUCCUUCCUUCUCAACCUUCCUUCAUUCCUCUGUGCCCAUCUUUCCUUCCAUCAUUCCAUCGUUUGGUUUCCUUCCUUCCUUAUCAACCUUCCUUCCUCCCUUCCUGCUUAA